GCUGCAGCAGGGAGGGAGAAAGUGGCAAAGGAUGGAGGAAUGAUUGAGGUGCGAUAUCAGCUCGGAGGAGAGCCGAGAUAAAACGAUCGAGGGGGUCUUCUUUUUCUUCUUCUCUUGCGUGUGAUAAGGAGGAGGAGGAGUAGGCUAAAGGAGGAAGAGGAGGAGGAGGGAUGGAGGGAGGGGGGCAAAGAGACCCCGUCGCGUUUUGACCCUCCGAAACCUCCCCGCACACCGCUACCAUCACCACUCGUCCUCCUCUCCUCUCCUCCUCCUCCUUCUUCUUCUUUUUCUUCUCUCCUUUUGAGACGGAAAACACCAUCGCUCACUCCCAGCCGUGACAUUUUCCAGCCUGUCGCCGUAUGCUGCGUGGACAGCGAGCACAAGGAGCCAAACAGGAAGGGACGCUUUCUGUCUGCCCUCCACAGCACCGAGCAUCAGCGACCGCUGCGAGCCGGAGCAAGAGGCGCACCAGGCGGAGGCGAGGCGCUGCAGGAAACCGCUGCUGCCUUUCACCGGGGGUUCUGGACUACACCGGACACGGCCCGAACAGAGCUGGAUAUUUACGUCUCGGACCACAGGGACAGAGGAAGGGAGCAAAGCUCGCUGGACUAACCGAGCAGCGCAUCAUCAUCUCCAGUGUAGGACUGGCUGUCGGGUCGCAUGGAUAAGAGGUAUGAAGAGCUGGUGCACUACUCAGGGUCGGAGGGCAUGUCAUUGGGGGGGUACGGGGAUGAUGUCCGAACGCUUCCUCCCCCAAACUACGGACCCACCAUCCACGACUCCCUCAAACACCACAAAGACCAGAUCUACGGUCACCCACUGUUUCCACUGCUGGCCUUAGUGUUUGAAAAGUGCGAGCUCGCCACCUGCUCCCCUCGAGACUCCACCUCCCUCUCAGCCACUUCCCACCUCCCUGGCAUGACCAAUCACAGCGAUGUCUGCUCCUCUGAAUCCUUCAAUGACGACAUUGCCGCAUUUGCUAAGCAGAUCCGAUCAGAGAAGCCCAUAUUUUCUUCCAAUCCUGAGCUCGACAACUUGAUGAUCCAGGCCAUACAGGUCCUUCGCUUUCAUUUACUGGAGUUAGAGAAGGUGCACGACCUGUGCGAUAACUUCUGCCAUCGCUACAUCACCUGUCUGAAGGGCAAAAUGCCCACAGACCUCAUCCUGGAUGACCGGGAGGGCGGCUCCAAGUCUGACAUGGAGGACUUCACUGGGUCGUGCACCAGUCUGUCGGAGCAGAAUGCAUCAUGGUUACGGGAGCCGGAUGAAUGUGCCACUACUCCUCUGGGAACACCAGGCACCUGUGGCUUGCCUUCACACAGCACAGCAGACAACUGUAGCGACACAGGCGAUGGUCUGGAUGGAGGAGGGGCCUCCCCCAGUACAGGAGACGACGACGACUCCGACAGAGACAGGAGGAACAACAAGAAAAGGGGGAUCUUCCCCAAAGUGGCCACAAAUAUCAUGAGAGCGUGGCUCUUUCAGCACCUGUCGCACCCGUACCCAUCUGAGGAGCAGAAGAAGCAGCUGUCCCUUGACACAGGACUGACCAUCUUACAGGUCAACAACUGGUUCAUCAACGCCAGGAGGAGAAUAGUUCAACCCAUGAUUGACCAGUCAAAUCGCUCAGGUCAGGGUGGUCCUUACAGCCCAGAGGGAGCAGCUCUUGGGGGCUACGGGCUUGACGGACAGGCCCACCUCGGGCUACGAACAGCAGGUCUCCAGGGGAUGUCUUCUCUUCAGGGUGACUAUACCAGCGCUCUACUGUCCCAACCAGGCUACCCUCCCCACCCGGGCCCCUCCCUCCACCCCUACCCGGGCCCACACCCACACCCCGCCAUGCUGCUCCAUCCGCCACCACACACACAUCCUGCAGAGCCACUCCUCGCCCAGGGACUGGACAUACACGCACACUAGUUGUUGGGGGGAGUCAGAGUGUGAGUGAGAGCAAAUUACUGUAUGAAUGUGUGUGUGUGUGUGUGUGUGUGUGUGUGUGUGUGUGUGUGUACGGUAAGAUAUG